UUGAAAACAUCACAUCCAACAAAUUUGUGAUUUACCCAGUUUUUGUCUGCACACGAAAAUUUAAUUUUCCAAUGAGACUGGCAGGCAGAGACGUUGAGGAUGUUAGGGAGUCAUAGAAGAAAGGAAGCUGGGUGAGUUAAGGAAGGUAGUUGUGAGCAGCUGCUGCUACUACAAUAUGUUGAGUUGGCUAGGUUGCUGGCUCACGUGGGGGCAUCCUACUGGUCUUCUUUAUUCACGCCUCAUUAAUGCUUCUACCAUCCUUCCUCAUAGUCCAGUAAAUGCAUGAUCAAAUUGUUGUGUACUCAUCCUACUCCUCUUGUUUUAUUUUCGGUGUUCUCCCAUUGUUAUAUCAUAGAACCCAGAGAAAGAGAUAUUUGAAUGCCACUGAUCCCUUAGCCUUCUGAGUUGGGUCUCAUUGUUCUUGCACUCGUUGAAAGUGGACAUAUAAGCGGGUUUGCGAACUGCAGGUCUCAUAUGUACUCGUUUUGAGGGUGUAAGGCAAAAAACAGAAUAACAUGGGGGAAGGAAUUCGUGCUAAUGGAAUUCCUAAUGGAAAAGCUGCAGUAAGAUCUGCUGCAGUUUUGUCUGAAAUAGAUCAAUUCUGCUUUGCACUUGGUGGAAAUAAACCAAUCCACAGUAUUUUGAUUGCCAACAAUGGUAUGGCAGCUGUCAAAUUUAUGCGUAGUGUUAGAUCAUGGGCUUAUGAAACAUUUGGCACUGACAAAGCAAUUCUACUGGUGGCUAUGGCCACGCCUGAGGACAUGAGGAUCAAUGCAGAGCAUAUUCGAAUUGCUGAUCAGUUUGUUGAAGUGCCUGGAGGUACCAAUAAUAACAACUAUGCAAAUGUUCAGCUCAUUACAGAGAUGGCGGAAAUUACAAAUGUUUCAGCAGUUUGGCCAGGUUGGGGCCAUGCAUCAGAAAAUCCAGAACUUCCUGAUGCGUUAAUGAGCAGGGGUAUAAUAUUUCUUGGACCCCCUUCUGGACCCAUGGCAGCCCUUGGAGAUAAAAUUGGAUCUUCACUGAUUGCCCAAGCAGCUGGUGUGCCGACUCUUCCAUGGAGUGGCUCUAAUGUAAAGAUUCCUCCUGAGAGUUGUUCAGAUACUAUUCCAGAAGAUUUGUACAAGACAGCUUGUGUCUAUACAACAGAAGAAGCAGUUACAAGUUGCCAGGCAGUUGGCUAUCCUGCUAUGAUAAAAGCAUCUUGGGGAGGUGGUGGUAAAGGAAUUCGAAAGGUUCAUAAUGAUGAUGAGGUCAAAGCCCUGUUCAAACAAGUCCAGGGUGAGGUACCAGGUUCUCCUAUAUUUAUCAUGAAGGUUGCAUCUCAGAGCCGACAUCUAGAAGUGCAACUACUCUGUGACCAACAUGGAAAUGUGGCAGCGUUACACAGUCGUGACUGCAGUAUUCAAAGAAGGCACCAAAAGAUUAUUGAAGAGGGUCCAAUCACUGUUGCUUCAGCAGAGACAGUGAAGCAGUUAGAACAAGGUGCACGGAGACUUGCAAAGUGUGUAAACUAUGUUGGGGCUGCCACUGUUGAGUAUCUUUAUAGCAUGGAUUCUGGCGAGUAUUAUUUCUUAGAACUCAAUCCUCGUUUACAGGUUGAACAUCCUGUUACAGAAUGGAUAGCUGAAGUGAAUUUACCGGCAGCUCAAGUUUCUAUUGGCAUGGGUAUUCCUCUUUGGCAAAUUCCGGAAAUAAGAAGAUUUUAUGGAAAGGAAGCAGGAGGAGGUUAUGAUGCUUGGCGAAAGACAUCAGUUGUUGCUACUUCCUUUAGCUUUGAUCUAGCAGAAUCUGUCAGACCAAAAGGACAUUGUGUAGCAGUCCGUGUGACUAGUGAAGAUCCUGAUGAUGGGUUUAAGCCUACCAGUGGAAAAGUGCAGGAACUCAGCUUUAAAAGCAAGCCAAAUGUAUGGGCAUAUUUUUCGGUUAAGUCGGGUGGGGGCAUUCACGAGUUUUCUGACUCUCAGUUUGGUCAUGUGUUUGCUUUUGGGGAAUCUCGAGCUUUGGCAAUAGCCAACAUGGUACUUGGACUGAAAGAAAUUCAUAUCCGAGGAGAGAUUCGUACUAAUGUUGAUUACACAAUAGAUCUUCUUCAUGCUGCUGAAUACAGGGAAAACAAGAUUCAUACUGGUUGGCUUGACAGUCGGAUUGCAAUGCGUGUUAGAGUAGAAAGGCCACCUUGGUACAUUUCUGUUGUUGGAGGAGCCCUCUAUAAAGCAUCCACAAUGAGUGCAGCAAGGGUUUCCGAAUAUAUUGGUUACCUUGAGAAAGGACAAAUUCCACCCAAGAAUAUCUCUUUGGUAAAUUCCUUAGUUUCUCUCAACAUUGAAGGGAGCAAAUACACGGUUGAAAUGAUAAGGGGAGGACCAGGAAGCUAUAGACUAAAGCUUAAUGAGUCAGAAGUUGAAGCUGAAAUACACACUUUACGUGAUGGAGGGCUACUGAUGCAGCUGGAUGGGAAUAGUCAUGUAAUAUAUGCAGAAGAAGAGGCAGCUGGCACUCGCCUUCUGAUUGAUGGUCGAACUUGCUUGCUACAGAAUGACCACGACCCAUCUAAAUUAGUCGCUGAGACACCAUGCAAGCUAACGCGGUUCUUGGUUCCAGAUGGUUCUCAUGUAGACACUGAUGCUCCAUAUGCAGAAGUGGAAGUGAUGAAAAUGUGUAUGCCUUUACUCUCACCAGCUGCUGGUACAAUACACUUUAAGAUGUCUGAGGGUCAGCCAAUGCAGGCUGGUGAUGUCAUUGCGGGCCUUGACCUAGACGAUCCCUCUGCUGUUAGGAAAGCAGAACCAUUUCAUGGAAGCUUUCCUAUUCUUGGUUCUCCAACUGCAGUGGCUGGAAAAGUUCAUCAGCGAUUUGCUUCUAGUACACAUGCUGCACGGAUGGUUCUAGCCGGUUAUGAGCAUGACAUUAACGAAGUUGUGCAGACUUUGCUAAAUUGUUUGGACGAUCCUCAACUUCCUUUGCUGCAGUGGCAAGAGUGCAUGGCUGUCCUUGCAACUCGGUUACCAAAAGAUCUAAAAUCUCAGCUGGAUGCAACAUAUAAGGAGUACGAAACAUCUUUUGCAAAUUCUGUAAGAAAGGCAGAUUUUCCGGCAAAGGUUUUACGAGCAACUUUUGAGGCAUUCCUUUCUUCUUGUCCAGAGAAAGAUAGGGUUUCACAAGAAAGACUUGUUGAACCUCUGUUGAGUCUUGCAAAGUCUUAUGAGGGAGGGCGGGAGAGUCAUGCUCGUAUCAUUGUUCAGUCACUCUUUGAGGAGUAUCUACGUGUUGAAGAGCUUUUCAGUCAAAAUAUGCAGGCUGAUGUGAUUGAAGGUCUGAGACUUCAGCAUAAAAAAGAUCUCCUGAAGGUGGUGGACAUGGUUCUUUCUCAUCAGGGAGUCAAAAGGAAGAACAAAUUAAUUUUACUGCUAACAGAAGCUCUAGUCUAUCCUAACCCUGCUGCAUACCGGGAGCAGUUGGUUCGGUUUUCUGCUCUCAACCAUAUCAGCUACUCUGAGAUAGCAUUGAAAGCAGGACAAUUGUUGGAGCAAACCAAAUUGAGUGAACUUCGCACUAACAUUGCUCGAAGUCUUUCAGAGCUGGAAAUGUUUACUGAGGAAGGAGAACGUAUAUACACUCCUGGAAGGAAAAGUGCUAUAGAUGAGAGGAUAGAGGAUCUUGUGAGUGCACCUUUAGCUGUUGAAGAUGCACUUGUUGCUCUGUUUGAUCACAGUGAUCAUACGCUUCAAAGGCGUGUUGUUGAGACAUAUGUCCGACGGUUGUACCAGCCCUACCUAGUUAAGGGAAGUGUCAGAAUGCAGUGGCACCGAUCAGGCCUUAUUGCAUCAUGGCAUUUCUCAGAUGAAACUUCUCUGAGAAGAAGCAAGCUACCUACUAUUUUAUCAGAUAUAAAUGUUGCUAACUGUGGAGAAAAGAGAUGGGGGGCCAUGGUAAUUUUGAAAUUUCUAAAUGACCUUUCAACAGCAGUAAGUGCUGCACUGAAGGAAACAACUCCUGCAGUAUCUGUUCCUGCUGAUGGUGUGGUGCUGAAUGGAGCUGCCACUCCCACCGAUUCUGGAAACAUGCUUCAUUUGGCUUUAGUGGGCAUCAACAAUCAGAUGAGUUCACUUCAGGACAGUGGUGAUGAAGAUCAAGCACAGGAAAGAAUUAAAAAACUGGCUAAAGCAUUGAAAGAUGAAAAGCUAGGAUCAAGCCUUCGGGUUGCUGGUGUUGGUGUAAUAAGCUGUAUGAUACAGAGGGAUGAAGGUCGCGCACCCAUGCGCCAUUGCUUUCAUUGGUCUUCUGAAAAUCAGUGUUAUGAAGAAGAACCUUUGCUUCGUCAUGUUGAGCCACCUCUGUCGAAUUUUCUUGAACUGGUCAAGCUUAAAGGUUACCAGGAAAAGCAGUAUGCAACUUCUCGGGAUCGACAGUGGCACAUGUACACUGUUGUAGACAAGCCAGCUAUUCGUAGAAUGUUUCUCCGUACCCUUGUGAGGCAGCCUAAGGUUAUUGACAGUGCAGCCAAAUUGCAAGUGCUGAAUGAUGAUAGAAAAGAAACCUCAACAAUGUCAUUGACAGCCAAUAGUAUUGCAAAAUCUCUGUUGGGUGCUUUGGAAGAGUUAGAGCUAUAUGCACACAAUGCAAAUGUCAAAUCUGAUCAUGUGCACAUAUUUCUUUGCAUAUUACGUGCACAAGAAUCAAGUGAUCUCAUUCCUGAUUACAUGAAAGUAGACAUAACCACUGGCAAGGAAGAUUUAGCAGUUGUCAAAUUAUUACAAGAUUUGGCUUAUGGAAUACAUGAUUUACUUGGGGUAAGAAUGCACCGUCUAGCUGUUGGACAAUGGGAGAUCAGGCUUCGACUGGAUUCAUUGGGAGUGGCAAAUGGAGCAUGGCGGAUUGUAGUUACAAAUCCUACUGGUCAGACCUGCACUGUACAUAUAUAUCGAGAGGUGGAGGAUACAAACAAGUAUGAAAUUGUUUACCAUUCCCCAUUGUCUGUAACUGGGCCUCUACAUGGAAUUCCUGUGGCAGCACGAUAUCAAUCCUUGGGCAUAGUUGAGCGCAAGCGUCUUAUUGCAAGGAGAAAUAACACAACAUACUGUUAUGAUUUUCCAUUGGUGUUUGAGACAUCUUUGAAGUGCCUCUGGACAGCUAGUUUUCAGAAUGAAGACAAAAAUGAGGAUAAAGCCAUAUUUAAAUCUCAAGAGCUUAUAUUUUCUGAGAAGCAGGGGACUUGGGACACUCCUUUGGUUAAUGCAGAGCGCACUGUUGCAAAUAAUGACGUAGGGAUGGUAGCCUGGUGCAUGGAGAUGAGAACUCCUGAGUUCCCCAAUGGGCGGACUAUUUUAGUAGUGUCAAAUGAUGUUACACAUAAUGUAGGUUCAUUUGGCCCAAGAGAAGAUGCAUUUUUUGCAUCUGUGACCGAUCUUGCUUGUAAAAAGAAAUUGCCUCUGAUUUAUUUGGCUGCCAACUCUGGUGCAAGGAUUGGAGUGGCAGAAGAAGUAAGAGCUUGCUUUCAAGUGGGAUGGCAUGAUGAACUGUCUCCAGAUCGUGGAUUUCAAUAUCUUUAUCUCAGUCCUGAAGACUAUAAGGUAAUUGGUUCAUCUGUAAUAGCGCAUGAAGUAAAGCUCAAAUCAGGUGAAAGCAGAUGGAUUAUAGAUGACAUUAUUGGUAAGGAGGAUGGACUGGGUGUAGAGAAUCUAUCAGGCAGUGGAGCAAUUGCUGGUGCAUAUUCAAGAGCAUAUCAGGAGACUUUUACACUGACAUAUGUAACGGGAAGAACAGUUGGUAUUGGUGCAUAUCUUGCGAGGCUAGGAAUGCGCUGCAUUCAACGCCUUGAUCAGCCUAUAAUUCUCACUGGAUAUUCAGCUUUAAAUAAACUUCUUGGACGGGAAGUUUAUAGUUCCCAAAUGCAAUUAGGAGGCCCAAAAAUCAUGGCAACGAAUGGUGUUGUUCAUCUCACUGUAUCUGAUGAUUUAGAAGGUGUCUCAGCAAUCCUGAAGUGGCUCAGCUAUGUUCCUCCAUAUGUGGGAGGGCCUCUCCCUAUUGUAAAGCCACUAGAUCCGCCUGAAAGACCAGUUGAAUAUUGUCCAGAGAAUUCAUGUGAUCCUCGUGCAGCAGUUCGUGGUAUAGAAGUCAAUGGUAGAUGGCUUGGUGGCCUCUUUGAUAGAGACAGCUUCAUAGAAACAUUAGAAGGAUGGGCACAAACAGUGGUAACUGGGAGAGCAAAGCUUGGGGGCAUCCCUGUUGGUAUCAUUGCUGUUGAGACUCAAACAGUAAUGCAGGUGAUUCCUGCAGACCCUGGACAACUUGAUUCUGCUGAGAGAGUAGUUCCUCAAGCUGGGCAGGUUUGGUUUCCAGAUUCGGCAAGUAAGACAGCUCAAGCCUUGCGAGAUUUUAACAAGGAAGAGCUGCCUCUUUUCAUCUUGGCAAACUGGAGAGGGUUCUCUGGUGGCCAAAGGGAUCUUUUUGAAGGAAUUCUCCAGGCGGGAUCAACCAUUGUUGAAAAUCUCCGCACGUACAAGCAACCUGUAUUUGUUUACAUUCCAAAAACAGGGGAACUAAGAGGAGGGGCAUGGGUGGUUGUAGAUAGCAAGAUCAAUUCUGAUGAAGUUGAAAUGUAUGCAGAAAGAACCGCAAAAGGUGGUGUACUAGAACCAGAGGGAAUGAUUGAAAUUAAAUUCCGUACAAAAGACCUGCUUGAAUGCAUGCACAGGCUUGAUAGGCAACUGAUUUCACUUAAAAUGGAGUCACCAAAAGCUAAUGAUCGUAAUAUUGGGGCUAUUGUAGACAUACAACAGAAAAUUAAAGAUCGUGAGAAACAGUUGCUUCCUGUUUAUAAGCAGAUAGCUAUCAGAUUUGCUGAGUUGCAUGACACAUCCUUCAGAAUGGCUGCAAAAGGGGUCAUAGAAAAGGUAGUUCAAUGGGAAGAGUCACGCUUGUUUUUCUAUAAGAGAUUAAACAGAAGAGUGGCAGAAUCGGUUUUGAUUAGGAAUGUAAGAGACGCUGCUGGGGAAACCUUGACACAUAAGUCAGCUUUGGGUCUAAUAAAGGAGUGGUUUUUGGCCUCAGCAGUUACGGAUUGUGGAGAAGAUGCAUGGAAAGAUGAUGCUGCUUUUCUGGCUUGGAAAGAUGAUCACAGCAAGUUUGAGUUACAUCUACAGAAACUAAGAUCUGAGAAAUUGUGUAGGAAGCUACUAGAAAUGGAAACUUCUGUAGCAGAUUUGCAAGCAUUGCCUGAAGGAUUGGCUGCCCUUCUACGCAAGGUUCAGCCAUCACUGAGAUCACAGUUGGUAGAACAGCUACGAGAUGUUCUUAAUUCAUGAGGUCAAAUGUUCAUCUUACUGUAGAGGGUUUGAUUAGUGUCCCCACUUAAUUGCAUGUUCUUUGUUUGUAAUUAUAAGCAGCUGGGUUUUUCCACGGCAAUACAAUUUUAUUAUUUAUUUGUAUUGUGUCUAUAAUGCAUAUUCAUUGGGGGUGCCAAUAUUUGACAAAUCAGAUUUGGUCUCCUUCCCAAUCUGAUUAUGAUUAGAAUGUUUGAAUUCUCUGGUAGUGACCAAAGCUAUAACCGUCUGUUUUUGUUUCCACUUGUAGUUUUAUCUAUCAGACAAAUGGAGACAUCAUAUGAUAUUGUUAUCGAGUCUCAUGCAACAAGAAAAUAAAUGAAUAAGAAUUGUGUUAGAAGUGAUUA